AAAUUACUUCAAAUUAUUUUCUCAAAUUUUAAUAAUUUUUUUAAAAAUGGAUUAAACUCAAGAAAAACAAAGAAGAAAAUAUUUUAAGCAUUGUCAACUUUCCCUUCCCUCACUCACACUCUCUGCAACUCUUUCUCUCAACUACUCUAAAACCCAUCACCACAAUUUCCAAUUACAAAUCUUUUAUAAUAUUUCUUGAUUUUUAUAGCAUAAUUGGACUCUUAUGUUUACUGGGUUUCUUGAUUUGAGUUUUCUUGAACCCAAAUCUCCAAUCUUUUUCCACUAUAUUGAUCAGAAUCUUGACCAAGUUGAAUUCUUUAGUGGUUUCUAAAAGUGGGGCAUUGUUUAAGAGGGAAAUGAGGGAUGCUCUCGUGGCUGGGAAGGAUAGCGAUGGCUUGUUGGAGACCGUUCAGUCAAUAUGCCCGUAUGAACAAGGAUGAUAGCUUUCAUAACGAUGACGAUUCUUCCAUUUCUGACUCUCUUUUAUGGUCUAGAGACCUUGAAAAACACUCCUAUGGUGAGUUCUCUUUUGCUGUUGUUCAAGCUAAUGAAAUCAUUGAAGAUCAUAGUCAAGUAGAAACUGGCCGUGAUGCUACUUUUGUUGGUGUUUAUGAUGGCCAUGGUGGACCUGAGGCUUCAAGAUUCAUCUCUGACCAUCUUUUUAAGAAUCUCAUGAGGUUUGCUAGUGAGAAGGGAACUAUUUCUGAGGAAAACCUUAGGAGUGCCUUCUCUGCGACUGAGGAAGGAUUUCUUACUCUUGUGCGUAGGACGUGUUCGAUAAAACCAUUGAUUGCUGCAAUCGGAUCUUGUUGUUUGGCUGGAGUUAUUUGGCGAGGGACUUUGUAUGUUGCUAAUUUGGGGGAUUCUCGAGCUGUGAUUGGUUGUUUAGGUAGAUCUAAUAAGAUAGUUGCUGAGCAAUUGACUAAGGAUCAUAAUGCAAGUAUGGAAGAGGUUAGGCAAGAACUUAAAUCUUUGCACCCGGAUGAUUCGCAUAUUGUAGUUAAGAAGCAUGGUGUUUGGCGUAUCAAAGGCAUCAUUCAGGUAUCUAGAUCAAUAGGUGAUGCAUAUUUGAAGAAGCCAGAAUUUUCAGUUGAUCCGUCAUUUCCACGAUUCCACCUUCCCGAGCCCAUUCGCCGACCAGUACUAACAUCAGAGCCAUCCAUAUAUUCAAGAGUCUUACGACCCGCUGAUAAAUUUCUCAUAUUUGCUUCUGAUGGGCUUUGGGAACACAUGACAAAUCAAGAGGCUGUGGAUAUGGUCUAUAAUUGUCCGCGUUCUGGAAUCGCAAAAAGACUUGUUAAAACCGCAUUAAGAGCAGCAGCCGGAAAGAGAGAGAUGGGAUAUGAUGAUCUUAAGAAGAUCAAUAAGGGUAACAGACGAUUUUUCCAUGACGAUAUAACAGUGGUUGUCAUCUUUAUAGAUCAUGAACUGCUGGAUAAAAAUGAACCUGCACCAGAAAUGUCGAUGCGGGGCUUUAACGACAAUGUCGGACCAUCCCGAUUUAAUACUCUACACGGGUGAUGAUGCUCGUAUCAAGGUGUUGAUUAUCUUAGAAUAGCCUGUUAGUAACUUGGAAUGGUGAGUUUGGUAAUAGAAUAGCGAACUUGACCAUGCCGCUUCUGCUCACUUGUUACAUGUUUUAAAUUCCAAGUUUUUGCUCUCUCUAGUUGCUCUUCUGUUUCCAGAUAUUCUAGUUCCUGUCAGGUUUCUCAAGUGUUUUAUGGCUAUGAACUUCACAAGGGAAGUUAUAAAUUCUUUUUCUUCUACAUGCUGGAUUCUGUAUAGACUGAAGUUUGUACAAUUCAUAAAGAUGAAUGUUUCAAUAAACUUCUGUUAAUUCAGCUUCA